GUUGCCCUGCACCUUCCGGGGAGCCGGCCCUGGCCUCGCUCCGAGGGACGUUCGGCGCUUCACUCUCUGUGGUUGGUUUCAGGCAGGAAGGCAGAAUGGAAGGUGCCCUCCAGAUGCCAGCCCUGGGCCGCCCGUUCCAGCUGGGGAUGCUCUACGACUGCCACAGAGAGUUGCUGAUCCCAAGCAUUACUUUGUGGGAUGCUGAUCUUCUGCAGAAGGAGGCAACUCUGGAGGCCCAACGCCAGGCUGAAUUUCAAGUCCUGGCAUCUGAGUCUCUCCGAGACAAAGCCUCGGCCCUCGGCCUGAACGGGUCCCUGAGGGCCAGCUUCUUCGGGGGGCUUUUCGAAGUGGGGGGAUCGGCCGCCUACUUGCAAGACAAUAAGCAGUCCGCGAGCCAUGCCCGCGUGACUCUUCACCAUUCGGCUACUACUGAAUUCAAGCACCUGGCAGAGAGCCAUCUCAGCAGGAAGAGCGUGUCUUACGAGAAAGCAUUUGAGGAGGGGUCAGCCACGCACGUGGUCACGGCAGUGCUCUACGGGGCCCACGCGUUCUUUGUGUUUGAUUGUGAGGCUUCCAGGCCUGAAGCGGUCCAGGACACCCAGGGGCGUCUUCUGGGGAUGGUCCGGAAGGUACCAGCGGUUGCAGCAGAAGGCAGAGGCUCCCUCAGGUGGAAUGACGCGGAGAAAGAAAUUGAGGGGAAGAUCACCUGUACCUUCUAUGGCGAUUUCCCUCUGCAGAAUAACCCAACUACUUUCCAAGAUGCCCUGGAAACCUGUGCCGGUCUCCCCCAAAUCUCGAGUGGGAAGGCGGUGCCAGUGACGGUCUGGUUGUAUCCACUGGUCAAGCUGGAUCCUCAAGCGGCCCACGUGGUGCGCGAUGUCCCACUGAGCUGGCUCAGGGAGGUGGAGACUCACUUGAAGUCGCUAACGAAAGUCGACCUUAGGUGCAACGAUCUGAUAAAGUCUCCCGUUGCCUCUGUCUUCCCGGAGGUGAGGGAGAAAAUCAAGCGGCUGCAGCGGCUUUGCCGGCGGCACGGCCAGGUUUUCCAGCAAGAGAUAGGGCAGAAUCUGCCGGCUGUCCGUGGGGGCAAGGAGGACGCUGCUGUUUUGUGGGGCGUCUUAAUGCGCUUGAACCAGACCCCUUUCGAUAGGCAGGCACUGAAGACGUUUCUUGCCAGAAAGGAGCAGGAGGUGGACUUCGUGGGGCUUUGCCUUUCGCAGCUCAGAGGCCUGGAAGUCAUCUCUGCUCAGAACGAGCUGGAUGGGAUUUUGUUUGACCGCAAAAGCAAGCUCGUCGUCUCAUUUACGUUUACUUCCUUACGCAGCGAGGAGCCUUAUUUAAGUGAUUUGCAAGAGUGGCUCCGGAGACCACAUUUAGCAGGAAGGGCAGAACGAGCACCGGUAACGUCUUUCUCAAAGAAGCAAACGUCUAAACUGUGGUUUGAGGAUGAGGAGAGGAAGCAGAACAUCCGCUGUGCUGCUCGUUCCCUUUUGGACUUUGUUGAGAUCAACAGAGGAAGAGGCGACGUUCGGUUCAUCGUCUCCUCUGCCUGUGACGAGAGCAACCCGGGCGCUUCGGUUUACCUCUACGAAGAUGGAAAGCUGGUCAACGCCCACCUGGAGUUGCCCUCCAGGCCUCCCCCUCCUGAGGUUGAGCGAGUCCAACCGAAGGGGGUCCAGAUCAGUGCUAAUCCGGUGGCCCAUGGGGGGGCUUCCGUCUCCAGGUAUCAGGUGGAAUAUCGGAUUGCGGGAGAGGAGGAGUGGAGGAGCCUCCCUACCGAGGGUCCCAAGAAUAAGUUCACCCUGGAAGGCGUGCACCCAAACGCUGAAUACCAGUUCCGAUGCGCUGCCGUGACUCAGCUCGGGCUCAGUCGGUGGAGUGAGGAGGUCGCUUGGGCCUGUCCUAUGGGGAGCCCCGGAAAGGAGGCUCGUCUGCAAGGAGAGAGACGUCUAGAAGUUGGAAUGCCGUAUAAUCGGGAAAAGAGUAAGAUGCCUUGUUUAUGUACCGCUCUUUUGGACCAGAACGUUUGAUUUUAUAUUAAUACAUUUCCACGGAGGCCUUUUAGAAAAGGGGGCUCAGAUGCUGAUGUGGAAUCAGUAUUUUAAAAAAUUGGGAAAGCAGGAAAAAUGAGCGAAUGAAAAAUCGAUCUGAAUGUUCGGGCGCCCUCCCAGCUGGCUAGGAGUCGUCUGAGAAACCGCAGGAAGAACCUUUUUUCUAUUGGCAAAGGUGAACUUGCUGAACUAACCUGAUAAUUUGGAGGCCUUCUGCAUGUGUUCGGAAGAGCCUUUUUUAAAUCAGAUCAAAUUUUCAAUCAAUUAAAUCAACUGGAUUGAACGGUUUGAUGUGACAGUUGAACUGGUAAAGAUUCAGUGACCCAAAUAGAUUUUGACUGAGCUUUGAUCGAUCGAACCAUGGAUUGGAGCUGGAUUGAACUGAACUGAUCACCUUUACUCCGUAGUGCAAGUACAAUUUCAGUACCAUUCCCCUCCACCACCUCUCCCCAAGUUUCAGCAGCAACGAUACAAUCGCUCUGUGUAUAAUUUUGUGGUGCAACAAACAAGACUCCCUUUUCAGGUUAUUCAUCCAGUCAGCCCCAGUGAUGAUGGUGGUUGGGACGUCCACCGCCCCUUCUCCUUCCUGCACAUCCGCUCCUUUCCGAUCAGCCCCUUGGCUCUGGACCCUCCUGGCCCAUCAGGUGGCGGGGCUCAAUGGGUGGGGUGGGGGACGCUGACUCUGCCCACCGUACAGAAAGCAGAGGAGCAGCUGUAAAUGGCGCCACCCACGUCCGCCCGCUGCUGGUUCCUUGCGGUCCUGUCUCGCCCGGGACUGAAGGUUUCCCCUCGAGAAGCCGGUGGGGCAGGACGUUUGCAGCCGCAGGGCCCCCCCGUUUUGGGGCGGAGCGGUUUAUCGGUUGGUGGUUGGCUGGCUGGCUAGUCCGUAUGGCUACCCAUCUCCGAUUCACGGCUCUGGAAAGCCAGCGAUGUCUGGACAAGGCUGGCGCAGCGGGAACCUCCCCAAACGGGCCCUUUCGAAGGAGAGCCCUGCUUUGGUGCGAUUUCUGUCAGGUCCAGGCGGUUUUAAAGCUGCCUGUCCCGGGGCUCCCGGGAGAAGACCCCCGUGCUGCCUCCUCAGGCCCUCCUGAGAGGUGAAGCGUUGCCGGAGACCCCUGCCCCCUUCCAGGACGCGGCAGGGCCGGAGGAGCCCUGCAGCCGGGUCGGCCUGUCCUGGGCGGGGGGGUGGAGCCCUCCCCUCGCACUCCCCAACAGCUGGAGGGGGAGCAGCAGGGGGGGGGCCCGGGCAGCCAGGACAUCUCCUCCUUGGGCCAGACCAAGAUUUGGUGUGACGUAUUUUACCGCUUCCCUCUAGGCAGCGCUCCGCUUUUGUGACAGGCUGUGGGAAUCGCCUUGGGAGACAGGAGGAAGAGCCGCAGCCAGGGCGGCGGGCAGGCGGGAGACGCCUCAGCCCGCAGAAGGAAUGGG